GGAAGAAAAUAUUGAGAAAAACAAUGAAAUUAAGAAAGAAGAUAUUGUUGAUGAAGAAAUGGAAGAUGUUUUAAAAGAAUUUUUUGAUAAUAUUGGAGAAGCUAUAACUAGUACUCCUAUUCCGGGGGAAAAGCUUCAGGAAUUGCAGGCACAGGCUAUUGCAAUGGAUGAUGAGAUGAACAAUCUUCUUAAGAACAUCCCAAUCGAUCAUACCUCUAUAACUCACACUUUGUAA